CCCACAUUGAUGGGUGAUACAAGAAAGAUACCAGAACAAGACAGAACAUACAAAAAGAAGCCUUCUUCUCUUUAUUUUUUUCUUUUUGACAAGCUUUAGAUGACUCACUUGAGUGAUUUCUCCUACCUUCGUAAGUUAAAUUGUAAAUCAAAACUAAACAAGCUUCAUAUUUUAUUUUAGAACGAUGUGCCAUUGAAGUGUAUAUUGCAUUCUUUUUAUUCCAUAGUGUUUAUGUAAAUGAUGGAAUGAGAUGUCUAAGUCCAAAGAAGAUUGUUGCUGGCAAUCUGAAAAGCAUUAUCACCUUGUUAUACAUCACUAUGCUUUUUAUGCAAAUGUCCUAUGACAUUGCUUCUACAUGGAUCAAGUAUCAAGAAAAAUUUAUGGUUGAACCAGGUACGCUGUCUAUUAUCAGCACACCUUUUGUUGCUUGGGAUAGCAAACAUCAAGACAUAGCUGAAGCAUUUGAUUAUAUUGAAUGUAUUAAUCUUUCAAUGCAAACGAGUGUAUUCUUUCUCUUACAAUGCUUUUGGAACUAUUUGUCAAACUCAGUAGCCAAGAAGUCAUUCAUGAGUUCAAGAGAAUUCAAGUUUUAUAUUUUUUGGUAUUGCCGUAAUUGUUAUACAACUCACAUUUACCUUGUUAUUUUAGGGCUCUCGGUAGUGCAGCCAUUUUUCCUAUUUUGCAAUGGUAUCAUAGAGAAAACAUUCAGUUAAGAGAAGCAGUACCUCAGUUUGCAUACUCUAUUGAAGUUCUUCUUACUGCUUUCUUGGGUGUUCGAUCACACUUUCGUUU